AUGACCCUCUCAGCCAUCAGAAGUGAAUGGUGCAGCCAAUCAUCUCACUGUGCCAGACACGUGGGGAAUGUCAUUCUAGCUUUCAAGUAUGCCCAGAAACUCCUUCCUUUUUCCUGGUUCUAUAACCUCGACACCAGGGCAACAAUGAACCGCAAGAACCCAGACCAAGUCCAAGUCCCAGGAGACUUCAGCAAACGUGUGUAUCAAGGAGUGAGAGUUAAACAUACAGUCAAGGAUCUCCUGGCAGAAAAAAGAUCCCGACAGAUGACAAACAAUUCAAGAUUUCAUGGUGGCGUCAGCUCCUCCCAGUCACCUUUUGCCCAGAUGCCAGGUUCUCCAGUGAUGUCAGGUUUCUAUGGCAUCAGACGGUCGUUCCUCUCCGACUCGGACUUCCACAGCUCCAAGCAGUUUCCUGGCGAUGCCUGCAACUCUGGAGUGGCCAAGCCUUUCCCCUGCGAGCCCUCAGCAGCGCCCAGCCACCCGGCCCUCCUGGAACCCUACUUCCAGGAGCCCUACGGCGACCACCGGCCAUCAGCGCUGACCCCCAGUCCCAGCUCUCUGUUCAGUGCCUCCCCCCUACCGCCACUGCUGCCGCCACCCUUCCCUGGAGACCCCGCACACCUGGUGCUGAGGGACUCGUGGGAGCAGACGAUGUCCGAGGGACUUGGCCAGCCAGACCCUGUGCCUACAGAUGCCCUGCAGACCCUGUCACCAAGCACAAGUUGCCUCUCUCAGAUGGAGUCUGGGAGCACCACCCAGCUAAGGAGCUCAGGCUGGGCUAUGCCUACGGCGCCAUCCUAUGCAUUGCAUGCACUGGAAGAUCUGUACCACAACCCAGGGUACCCUACCCCAUCCUCCUACCCCUUCAGCCCCUUCAUGACAAUGUCUAAUGACCAAGCAACCAAGAUGGUGAUGGACGAGGGCACCAAUGCCUCUACCCUUCAGGACCCUACUCCAUGGAACAAAGAAGAUGGGAGCAUGGCAUGGGGGUCAUCUGAAUGCCGCAGAACAUACUGA